UCAUUUCUAUACAUUUGUCACUUUUUAAAUUUAAAAAGUAACCAACAAAAUUUCACAAUCAUAAGAUUUUAUUUAUUCACCACUCUAAACGAGUAUAAACACACAUUCGAUCGCCUUUCAUUCAUAUCUAUAUUUCUCUAGUAAUUCCUCAAAAAAAUGGCAUCUUUCACGUUUCCGGACAUGCCGACCCCUUCGUCUCUGCUGUCGGCUUAUGCCUCAAUGUCAACUUCAAUCAUGCUUUUCCGUACGAUGUUCAACCAGCUCUUCCCUAGAGAACUCCGACGAUAUGUCGUCGAUGCUGUUCGAUUUUACUGGAAACCGAAAUCGUCAAAGCUCACUCUAGUUUUCGAAGAAAAAGACGGCUUGACAAUUAACCAUAUGUUUGAUGCUGCCGAAGCCUUUAUUUGUACUAAAAUCAAUCCUGAUUCGGAGCGUCUUAGGAUUACAAAAAAUGUCAAGGAAAACUAUAUCAAUAUCAAGUUUGCGGAAUCUGAGGAAGUUGUAGAUUCUUUUGAAGGAAUUCCUGUUACAUGGAGAUAUGUCCGUCAGAAUACACAACAAAAUCAUGGUAGCAGCGGCGACGGUGAUGGAAAAAGCAGCUCGAGUGGAGGGUUUUAUCUUGAGAAAAAAUAUAUAGAGUUGAAAUUUGAUAAAAAGUAUAAAGAGAUAAUAAUAAGUUCUUAUUUGCCAUUUAUUAUUAGGAAAUCUAAAGAGUUAGAGAACCAAAAGAAAGUUGUCAAGUUACAUGAUUUGCAAUCUUAUAGAAGUGGACCGGGCGCUAAAGAUUCCGUUGAUCUAGACCAUCCAUCGACUUUUGAUACGCUCGCGAUGGAUCCUAAGAUGAAAAAGGCGAUAAUUGAUGAUUUGGAUUUGUUUUUGAGACGGAGAGAUUUUUAUAAAAGAGUCGGGAAGGCGUGGAAAAGGGGGUAUUUGUUGUACGGUCCGCCAGGGACAGGGAAAUCUAGCUUGAUUGCGGCCAUAGCGAAUUAUCUUAAAUUUGAUAUAUAUGAUUUGCAGUUGAUGAAUGUUGGAAGUGAUUCUGGUUUGAAGAAGUUGAUGUUGAGAACAUCGAAUCGGUCCAUACUUGUUAUUGAAGAUAUCGAUUGCAGCAUACAAUUGCCCGAUCGGAAGGGAAUUCCUCUUCCGUCUAGACUACCCGAACCUAAACCCACUCGUGAUCCACAGUUCUCUUUGUCGGGGCUUUUGAAUUUCAUAGACGGGCUAUGGUCGUGUUGUGGCGAUGAACGUAUAAUCAUAUUUACAACAAACCACAAAGAAAGACUCGACCCUGCAUUACUUAGACCAGGGCGGAUGGACGUGCACAUUCAUAUGUCUUACUUGACCAUUGAUGGAUUCAAGACACUGGCGGCUAAUUACCUUAACAUUCACGACCACCAUUGGCGAUUCAGGGAAAUCAAAGAGUUGAUCGAUUGCAACAAGGUUACACCAGCCGAGGUCGCCGAGGAACUUAUGAAGUCUGAAAAUGUGGAGGUUGUGUUAGAAGGACUUGUGAAUUUUUUGAAACGUAAGAAGAUGGAAGAAGAUGUGAUCAAUGACGAAAAUGAUAAAGCUGAUCAUGAGGCUAAAAAGAUCAAAAUUGUACCGUGAAUUUCAUGUAAUUGAUAGUACUUCUUUCUCAUCAUCAUAUCUUAGUGGCUUUGCCAAAUAUUAUAUUUAGAUAUUUCAUAAAGAUCAAACUUAGCAUUGAAACAUUA